AUGGGUAUCCCAAAGUUCUUCCGCUACAUCUCAGAACGCUAUCCUUUAACGUCCCAACUUAUUCAAGAGAACAAAAUUCCAGAGUUCGAUAACCUUUACCUGGAUUUCAACGGAAUCAUUCAUAACUGUUCUCAUCCAAACGACGAGGAUGCCCAUUUCCGGUUGUCAGAAGAGCAGAUUUUUACCUCCAUCUUUGCUUAUGUCGACCAUCUUUUCGGAAAAAUCAAACCCAAAAAGUUGUUUUUCAUGGCAGUCGACGGUGUUGCUCCCCGUGCGAAGAUGAACCAGCAACGAAGUAGACGUUUCAGGACAGCGAAAGAAGCUAAGGAGGUCCGAGAGAAAGCAGAGGCUAAAGGGGAGAAGCUUCCAGACGAGAAAGCUUUUGACAGCAAUUGUAUAACACCAGGGACACCAUUCAUGGCCCGUCUUUCAGAGCAGCUUCGGUAUUUUAUCAACAAGAAGAUCACAGAAGAUUCGAACUGGCGGGAUGUCGAAGUUGUUUUGUCAGGCCACGAAGUGCCAGGAGAAGGGGAACAUAAGAUUAUGGAGUACAUUCGAUUGUCGCGAGCGCAACCAGACUACAACCCCAACAUUCGUCACUGUCUUUACGGACUCGACGCCGAUUUAAUCAUGCUAGGACUCUUAAGUCACGACCCUCAUUUUUGUUUGCUACGUGAAGAAGUGAAGUUUGGACCUGCCUCCCGUAAGAAGGGCAGCACGAGCUUGGAAUCCAUCAAUUUCUAUCUUUUACAUCUAUCGCUGAUGCGGGAAUACCUUGACUUGGAGUUUCACGAUAUAGAACCGAUACUGCCCUUCAAAUACAACCUAGAAAGAGUUAUUGACGACUUUAUUCUGCUGGCGGUAUUUGUCGGCAACGAUUUUUUGCCCAAUCUGCCAGAUUUACAUAUCCACGAAAAUGGGUUGGAGCGACUGUUUGAUGUUUACAAGAAGGUGUUGCCGGGCAUGGAUGGAUACAUCAACGAAAGUGGCAAGAUCAACACUAAACGACUUCAAAUAGUGUUGGACGAGAUGGCUCAGUGGGAAGAGGAAGUUUUCCAACGUGAAUACGCCGAUAUGAAUUGGUACAAGGGGAAGCAAGACAAGCAUGUGAAGAAGUUGGAAAAUGGCGGCCCAAAACGAGGAGAACUGGCAUUGACACAAACACAGAGAGAAGUAUUCGAAAGAGUUAGGACGUUUGUGAUGGAAAACAGGAAUUUGCCUUCGCCUUCACACUAUCGUGCAGCGAUGUUGGCAAUGCCAAACCAAUUUCCAGCAAAGGAUAGGCAGUUUAUUACCAAAUUAUCAGAGGACCUGCACUUAAGUGUGCGCUGGGAUGAAUACGACGACCAAGACGUAAAUCUCGUGACUUGGAGGUUUCCUAGGGCGUUGGAUGAGGAUGAAAUCAAAGAAGGAGAGAAUGGGACUGACGGAAGUGAAUGGGAGGAUGAUGCUGACGAUGACGAAAGUCGGGCUGCUGUAGACCGUGUGUUGAAGAAGUAUGAGAAGGCUCGUGUGGUGGACCCUGACGAAGAAGGAAGCUUUGACGAACGGUAUAAAAGAUCUGUGCAAGAAAAAAUGGAUGAAUGGAAGAGGGGGUAUUAUCAGGGCAAACUUGAAAUAUCAUACGACAACCCCAAAGAUAUGCACGAUCUUGUAUAUAAAUACGUGGAAGGACUGCAGUGGGUGAUGCACUACUACUACAGUGGUGUGGCCUCAUGGGGCUGGUUCUACAACUAUCAUUAUGCUCCAAGAAUUUCGGACCUACGAGGAGUUGAUAAAAUGACUUUUGAUUUCAAGCUUGGCACACCAUUCAAACCAUACGAACAGUUAAUGGGUGUGUUACCGGUAGCAAGUAUGGAACAUAUCCCUAUGGCUUACAGGGAUCUGAUGUACGACCCAAAUUCGCCGAUCCUUGAUUUCUAUCCUCUCGAGUUCGAGCAAGAUCUGAACGGCAAGAAGCAGGAUUGGGAGGCGAUUGUCAAGAUCCCUUUCAUUGACGAGGCCAGAUUACUGAAAGCUAUGGCAUCGCGCGAGCACCGCCUUACAAAGGAGGAAGUCGAAAGAAAUUCCCGUGGAACGAGCACCAUUUUCCGUUACAAUCCAGGAGAGCCAACCUACUACCCGUCUUCGCUGCCUGGAUUCUUCCCUCCUUUAUACCGAUGUGCUUGCAUUAUGGAACCAUUUGAUUUACCGACACUCGAUGGCCUUCAUCUGAUACCAGGGCUUUGUGACGGUGUUGCCUUGGGCGCUGAGGCUCUCGCUGGUUUCCCAUCAUUACAAACCCUUCCACACACCGCUCAAUUAGGUUAUCAUGGCGUUAACGUACAUGGGUCCGAGAGUCGAAAUAAGUCGAUGAUCGUGCAUAUCGAGAAUCCUUAUGAAAACACCAAAGUACAAGAUAUUGCCACCAACAUGAUCGAUCAGCGAAUCUUUAUGGGGUGGCCGUUCUUACAGGAGGGUUUGGUCGUUGCUGUGUCAGAUUCGUUGUUCAAGUACGAAAAAAUGGUGGUUGUUCCCGGCACACCCGCCAAGGUCGUUUCGAAUCCUCAUGCACCUCAAGGAUUGGGCCACUGGAAGAUGAAAGCGGAGCGUAUCGAGACUUACUACUCCAAGCGGUGUGGAGUGAUUACCGGAAACGUUGACAUAUUACUCCACAUUCGCCCACUAAAAGGUCUCAAGAGACUGGAAACAGGGGCAUUCGUGAAAGAUUACGAAGGUCCGGAUAAAGAGCAGGAACAAGCCGUACAAAUGUGCCUAACAGAGGUUGUAUCUGAGGAUCCUCGGUUUAUGGAAAGAGAUGCUCCUCCACUUUCUGAAGAGUUCCCCGAUGGCAGUAAGAUCUUUUUCCUUGGGGAACACGCAUACGGUGUCGCUGCCCAAGUUUCAUCUACAACGGAAACGGCACUAUCUGUCAUACUCGCAUUUUUCCCUUCUGAAAAGGCGGAAAACGACAAAUUCAAGACAAUUGUCAACAAUCGUAAAGCCAGUCGAUACUACCCUUCGUUCAAAGCAGCCGAUCUCGUCGGAUUGACUGGGCGCGCGUUGGGCAAAAUCACAUCCAGUUUUAUGGUCAUUACUUCCGAUAAUCAAAAGACUAAUUUGGGCCUCAGCCUCAAAUUUGAGGCGAAGUCCCUAAAGGUUAUUGAUUAUUCACGUAAAGACGGACGCACUUGGGAAUAUAGUGAAAAGACAGUGGAACUGAUCAAAGAAUACAAGGCAAGAUUCUAUAAUAUUGGGCGUCUCGUUUUCAGGAUCCUCGAUAUGAGCGGGGAUGCAAUGGCGAAAGCUUCCGAUGUCUUUGCUGGGCCUGAUCCGGAUGGUAAAGUCAGAGAAAUCAAAAACUGGUUGAAAUCUAAAGGCGUUCGCGAUUUUGAACCGGUAUCUCUCUUUUGCGAUCAAUUGACAAAGGAAACUGUGGCUGAGAUUGAGACAUUGGCGGAUACUUUUACCAAGAAUAAGGUUCCCUCUCAAAUCAAGAAAGCCAUCGUCAAGGGCAUCCCCAGACAAGCUGUCCUCAAACCUGCUCAUGCGGUCUAUCGCCUUCAAAAUCAGCAUUUCGCUCUCGGUGAUCGCGUGACCAUGGUUCAGGAUUCAGGCAGUGUCCCUCUGUCAGUGAAGGGAGUGGUAAUCGGACUCAAUGCCAAAUCAAUGGAUGUUGUUUGGGAUGUUCCAUUUAUGGCAGGGGUCACAUUGGGAGACCGCUGCUCCCAAUAUCGUGGAUCAACUGUUGAAUUCAACACUUGCCUCAAUUUGACGAACCCGCAGUUUGUUACCUCUACAAAUCCCAAAGCGCCUCCUCCUAUUCGAAACCAGGUCCCAUUCAAACCUCGCUUUGGACCGCAUCCAGCCAUCAAUCCAGCUCCCGGCCACACGCCAGCUUCUGGGUUCCGUCCUGCUCCUCCAUCAACCCAACCAGCGCGUGUUCAUAUAAUGUCCAACCCAAACAGAGGCAGAGGUGGGUUUGUUAACGGUCGAGGUGGUCCUCCUUUCCAAUCUGCGGUUACGGGCCCUCAUUCGCAACCGCAAACAAAAGAACCGGCAUCUGUUGCACAUGCUGAACCAGCUGUACCCAUACCGGUAAAUGGCAGAGGUUCGCACAGAGGAGGGGGACGUGGCGGAUUUGGUCCUGGGUUCCGUGGCUUGCGAGGGUUUGUCCCCAAUGGCGAUCGCGGUCGAGGAGGUCGAGGGGGAUUCCGAGGUCGAGGGCGAGGGUCCUUCGCUACCCCUACGCCAUCUUGA